GAUGACGCUUUACCACCCUUCACACCUCCUCCAUCACCCAGUAAUAAUAACAUCAAAAGCAACAAAAAGUCAAAAAAUAACGUUGACAAUCUCAAAACGGUAGUUAAUCGGAAGCCGUUGAAAUGAUGUCAACUAUAAUAUUACAGUAUUAGGACUCAGAAGCCAUAUCUGUACCUGAUCGAAUGAAAAUAAUAUUGUGAUAGUUAUUUAACGAUUAAAAUAUUUAAUCUUGAUUGCCUAAUUAUUGCCCCACAUAAAAUAUCAUCAUAAAUACCAGUCAAAGGGUUAUUUAAUAGUAAUUAUAUUUAUGUUUAGUCGUUUUAGUUGUGUAUUUGUUUUCGGUGUUUAAGUUAUUUGCGUUUGGUCAAUUAAUUAGUUCCAACACAGGUAUAACAACUCUCGUGGAAGAGUAUAAUUUCCUCCGGUAGAAACCUAAUGCGGUUCCAGGUCCGCCCCCACCACACCUUCACUUAGCUUCACCUCCAGUUUGUUAUCAGUCUAACAUCGGCUUUUUACCUCGUAAUAUUUUAAAGAGCAAAAAUGAAAAACGACGUACCCUCUGAACAUAAAACUAUUGUUGAAGUAACUCAAGAGAAGCGCACAAAAAAAGUCGUGAUUCCGCCAAAAUCGUCGAAUUUUUUAAAGCCCAAGAAAGCAAGUCUCUUAAUAAAAAAAAUUAAACUCAAAUCGAAAUCGCCGUCGCGAAGUCCGAAAGAAGGGCCCGUCAGCUUAUCUCUGCCCAGCACUUCCACGUCGCCCUUAGGACGGCAGACUCCUGAAGGCGACGAUAGUUUAAUGUUUGCGAAGUCCGUGUCGGAAAGCAAUCUCUCUGAAUCGUGGAAAAGUGCCGAAACUCUGGCCAAAAGUGCAGACAAUUCGGGUGUGAAAGCCGAAAGCAGCCAAAAUCGCGUCUGUGUUGAAGUGCCCGAAAGAACCAAGUCUUUGGAAACGUUGAAAGAUAUGCCUGCCUAUGGUGACCUUAUUUUCGAUCCCGCAGCUACUGUGUCCUAUGCAAAUAAAACAACUGAACGUAAGGACCAUUUGUACAAAAUACUGGUGAUCGGCGAUCUGGGGGCUGGGAAAACGUCCAUAAUCAAGCGCUAUGUUCACCGCUUCUUUACACAACAUUACAGAGCAACAAUUGGUGUGGAUUUUGCAUUAAAGGUACUCAACUGGGAUGACAAUACUCUUAUAAGGCUGCAGUUGUGGGAUAUAGCAGGACAGGAACGGUAUGGUAAUAUGACUAGAGUUUAUUACAAAGAAGCUGUAGGAGCUUUCAUCGUCUUCGAUGUCACUAGAACUAAUACUUUCGAGUCAGUGGCAAAGUGGAAAUCUGACUUGGACUCGAAAGUGCAAUUGUCCGAUGGGUCUCCAAUUCCUUGUGUACUUCUCGCGAACAAGUGCGAUCAACAAAAGGAAGGCUUGGUCAACCAUCCCAAUAAAAUGGACGAAUACUGCAAGGAAAAUGGGUUCACAACGUGGUUUGAAACUUCAGCGAAAGAUAACAUAAAUAUAGAUGAAGCAGCUAAUGCCUUGGUCGCAAAGAUACUUGAAAACGACACUUUACUGAACGUAGAUUCACUGAAAGACGAAGACAAAUUUUCGAUAUCAAAGGAGCCGUCUGCCCAGAGAAAUGGGAAAAUGUGUUCUUGUUGAUCGGUUUUACUUCUUCCUCUUUAUAUUUUUUGUAUUAUACACUCACUACUGGUAAUAUUGAGAUGGUGUCCUGCAGAGUAUACGUAUCAACCACUGUCACAAUCCUAUUUUAUAAAUUGAUAGCCAGUAUUUUUGUUUAUAUGUAAUAUUUCUGUAAUUCUGCAAAACUCUUAAGCUUCUUUUAAAUACACACUGCGGUUUUUAUAA